CCAGAUAUACAUGGGAGGGAGAUGGGUGCAGGGCACGUGGACCAGAAAUACUUCCUAGAAACAGCAAGUAGCUGCUCAACCCUGCCUGAACUUUUCUGUAAACACAGUGCACUGACAGACGGCAUCCCUGCUGGGUGGAUCCCGCACCUCCUAGAGGGAAUGGCACUUCUUGUUUUUAAUUAGCCAGGGGAAGCGUGAAUUAAAACUAUCUGUUUGGCAAGUCGGUGCAAGAGACUGACUUCUGAGAGGCUUCAGGGAGACGGAGGGAAGAGCUCCGCGGGGGCAGGUAGCGCGUGUGCUGGGUUUGUUUUCUGAAUGAAACGCUGGCCGGUGACUGAAAAGAAUACAGCUUCUUCCUCUGUCCGCGGCGUAGUUACUGCAGACAGCUCCAGACAGGACAUGGCUCUGAAGACGCCCUCCGCGGAAUGCUCUCCUGCUCCAGGCUUUUAAACAACUGUCCUGGGGAGAGGAAGGUUUUACGUGUCCAAAUACAGCUUGACAAAUGGCACUUUGGAACUGUGCUUUCUGAUGACAACACGUUCGAUUUCUGACAAAGCCUCUCGCACGCUGCCCCUGGAGGGAAGUCCUAAGUAAAACUCAAACCCGCCUUAAAGUGAGGCUCUAGAGGACUUGCACCCUGAGACCGCAGCAUGGCAUCCGCCGGACGCGCUAUCACCUUGCUCCUGUGGGCUCACCUACUACUGGAGCUUUGGCCAGGAGGUCGCGCAGCGGAUACCCCCUACCCCCGGUUACGUCUAUCACAUAAAGAGCUCUUGGAUCUGAACAGAACAUCAAUAUUUCAUAGCCCUUUUGGAUUUCUUGAUCUCCAUACAAUGCUGCUGGAUGAAUACCAAGAACGACUCUUUGUGGGAGGCAGGGACCUUGUGUAUUCCCUCAGCUUGGAACGAAUCAGUGAUGGCUACAGAGAGAUACACUGGCCUACUACAGCAGUAAAAAUAGAAGAAUGCAUAAUGAAAGGAAAAGAUGCAAAUGAAUGUGCAAAUUAUGUUCGGGUUUUACAUCAUUAUAAUAGGACGCACCUUCUGACCUGUGGUACUGGAGCUUUUGACCCACUUUGUGCCUUCAUCAGAGUUGGAUACCAUUUGGAGGAUCCUCUGUUUCACCUGGAACCACACAGAUCUGAACGAGGAAGGGGCAGAUGUCCUUUUGAUCCCAGCUCUUCCUUUAUCUCCACUUUAAUUGGUAGUGAACUAUUUGCUGGACUCUACAGUGACUAUUGGGGCAGAGAUGCUGCCAUCUUCCGGAGCAUGGGGCGACUUGCCCAUAUUCGCACUGAGCAUGACGAUGAGCGUCUAUUGAAAGAACCAAAAUUUGUAGGUGCAUAUAUGAUUCCUGACAAUGAAGACCGAGAUGACGACAAAGUAUAUUUCUUUUUUACUGAGAAGGCCCUGGAGGAAGAAAGCAAUGCCCACGCGAUAUACACCAGAGUGGGGCGACUUUGCGUGAAUGAUGUGGGAGGGCAGAGAAUACUAGUGAAUAAAUGGAGCACGUUCCUCAAAGCAAGACUGGUUUGUUCAGUACCCGGAAUGAAUGGAAUUGAUACAUAUUUUGAUGAAUUAGAGGAUGUUUUUUUGCUGCCUACCAGAGAUCAUAAGAACCCAGUGAUAUUUGGACUGUUUAACACUACCAGUAAUAUAUUUAGAGGGCAUGCUAUUUGUGUCUAUCACAUGUCUAGCAUCCGGGCAGCUUUUAAUGGACCAUAUGCACAUAAAGAAGGACCUGAAUACCAAUGGUCACUCUAUGAAGGAAAAGUUCCUUACCCAAGGCCUGGUUCUUGUGCCAGCAAAGUGAAUGGAGGGAGGUAUGGGACCACCAAAGAUUACCCUGAUGAUGCCAUUCGAUUUGCGAGAAGCCAUCCACUAAUGUACCAGUCUAUAAAACCUGCUCAUAAGAAACCAAUAUUGGUAAAAACAGAUGGAAAAUAUAAUCUGAAACAAAUAGCUGUGGACAGAGUGGAAGCUGAGGAUGGCCAAUAUGAUGUCUUAUUUAUUGGUACAGAUACUGGAAUUGUCCUGAAAAUCAUCACAAUUUACAACCAAGAAACAGAAUCCAUGGAAGAAGUAAUUCUAGAAGAACUUCAGAUAUUCAAGGAUCCAGUUCCAAUUAUUUCUAUGGAGAUUUCUUCCAAGAGACAACAGCUGUAUAUUGGAUCUUCUUCUGCUGUGGCUCAAGUCAGGUUCCAUCAUUGUGACAUGUACGGAAGUGCUUGUGCUGACUGCUGUCUAGCUCGAGACCCUUACUGUGCCUGGGAUGGCAUAUCCUGUUCCCGGUAUUACCCAACAGGCACACAUGCAAAAAGACGGUUCCGCAGACAAGAUGUGCGGCAUGGAAAUGCAGCUCAGCAAUGCUUUGGACAGCAGUUUGUUGGAGACGCUUUGGAUAAAACUGAAGAGCGACUGGCUUAUGGCAUAGAGAACAACAGUACUUUGCUGGAGUGUACCCCACGAUCUUUACAAGCAAAAGUCAUCUGGUUUGUACAGAAAGGACGUGAAACAAGAAAAGAGGAGGUGAAGACAGAUGACAGAGUGGUUAAGAUGGAGAUGGGUUUACUCUUCCUCAGGGUACGCAAAUCAGAUGCCGGGAUCUAUUUUUGCCAGACAGUAGAGCACAGUUUUGUUCAUACCGUCCGUAAAAUCACCCUGGAGGUGGUGGAAGAGGAGAGAGUGGAGGAAAUGUUUAAUAAAGACUAUGAGGAGGAUGGGCCUCACCGGAUGCCCUGUCCUGCCCAAAGCAGUAUCCCACAGGGAACGAAACCAUGGUACAAGGAAUUCUUGCAGCUGAUUGGUUACAGCAACUUCCAGAGAGUGGAAGAAUACUGUGAAAAGGUCUGGUGUACUGAUAAGAAGAGGAAAAAACAUAAAAUGUCACCCUCCAAAUGGAAGUAUGCCAACCCACCGGAAAAGAAGCUUCGUUCCAAAUCCGAGCACUAUCGCCUGCCCAGGCACACGCUGGACUCCUGAUGGGGUGGGACCACCUGCUGGUUUUUGAAGAAUUUAUAUUUGGAACAUGAGAGAGAGAGAGAGAGAGAGAGAGAGAGAGAGAGAGAGAGAGAGAGAGAGAGAGCGCAUUCACCUUCUUUCCAUUACUUAAGUUUUCUGUAGUACAGAAAUGACUAUAAAGGUGUUGUGAUAAAUUAUUCUACAUACUCAUUUGACUGGAUAAACCUCUUAUAAAUGUAACUAAUUUUUAAAAGAAGUGCAUUGCUUAAUGGCUUCGUAUUAUAUUUAUCAGAAAAUGAUCACAACUGUAGUUUUGAGCUUGAGCCACUUGUCCAUGGAAGUUAUGAUUUUAUUUUACCCUUGGAAGACUUAAAAUUAUUAGAAUUUUGAAGAAAAUCUAGAGAAUUUCAUAAGCAUGGGAAAUAUAAAAAUAAACGUUUUAAUCUUUCAAAAUGUUUCCUUUCUACAAUAAUGUAGAAGAUCCAGCUAUCAUAUAUUUUAACACUCUCGUGUGAAUUUCUGUAGUUCUUAAGAAUUAUUGUAUUAAUGUCGUCUAAGCCAUAAGUUUUAUGUAGCAGGUGUGUUGUCAUUGCUGUAAAUCAUGAAAGAAAAAUGUCACUUUGAGGCUGUGUCCUUCAUAAAAAAAUUUACAAAAUCA